UUUCUUGUCGAACAGCACCUUAGCAGAGAUAACGUGUUAACAUUUUUCAGUGCCAGUGACGUUUUUCCUGUCCUUGCUGAAUUAAAUAAAUUCAAAUGAUGAAAAACAGAGACGUAACGUGUGAAGAAUGUAUCGAUAAACAAUAGUUUCGCCUUAUUGAUGUAGAUAUUUCGUCUGAAUAAUAAUAAUUAACGCCACAUACCGAGCUAACUCGCCUUUGCUUAUUUAAUUCAGCAAACGUAGUGUAGGAAUGAGCGAAAUGAAUCAUGAUGUGAUAGUGCAGUGUGAAAAUGACUCCAAUUAAGAAAUUAUCAAAAUAACUGAAACGAGCUUUAUUAACGGAAACAGGUCACAUAAAUUUAUGAAAAACUCGCUCAUCUUGCUACCAGCAAUCCGUCACGGAGAAAGGUUGAUAAACUAACAAUAAAUUUACAAGUGAAGCGCGGCUCUUGAUAAUCCGAGAUAACAAUUUCCUAAGCGAUAAUGAACGCCACGAUUUGUGCUAUUAUUUAGUGGAACUUAAUAUUUCCAAACCAAUUUUGGAAAAUGAGUGAUUAACGUGACUGGGGAAAUUUUCCAAAUUUAGUUGUGCUUAUCCCUUUGCAGGACUUUCGCUGGGAGAACUGUAGCGUUUGCCAAGUCUGAACUGAAAGCCUAGAAACGCCCUUCUCUACGUCACACCGUGUUGAUAUAAAUUUGAUAAAGGUUCAUACUCUGUACACGCACGAACGCUCUAACUUCUAUUUUAUAAACAAACAAUUUUGCAUUAAAUCGGUUGUCCUAGUCAUGACGACGCCUUCGAGAGAAGAAAACGGCCCUCCGGGCGAAAACGUUAAAGUCACAGUGGUCGGAGACGGUGUAGUGGGAAAAACCUGUCUCUUGAUUUCAUACACGAAGGACGAGUUCCCCGAAGAAUAUGUUCCCACAGUAUUCGAACAUUACGGGCAAGACAUCACCGUCGACGACGUCAAAUACAACAUGACUCUCUGGGACACUGCCGGCCAAGAAGACUACGAAAGACUGCGCCCCCUGGCUUACCCCAAUACGAAAUGCUUCCUUGUAUGUUUCUCCGUCGACGCUUCUAUACCGUCUUACGAAAACGUUAUAAUUAAAUGGGUGCCAGAAGUCAGGCACCACAAUCCACACACGCCCAUAGUUCUAGUAGCCACUAAAAUAGAUCUCAGAGAUGAUCCAAGUGUCCACUGUUACUCAACCCAGGACGGCAAAAAAUUAAAAAGGAAAGUCAAAGCCGAAGGAUACGUCGAAUGCUCUGCCAAAACCAGGGAAGGACUGAAGGAGGUCUUCGAAGAGGCGAUACGAGCGUACAAGAAGACCAAAAUCAAAGCGAGACAAGUCAACUGUGCUUUGUUAUAACAUGCGAGUAAUGAUAUUAUUCAAAAUACGUAUUGUAUUUUCACAUUUAUGGUUCAGUCAGCAAUAUAUUGGACGAUUUCAUUAGUUUAAACGAAAUCUCGGCUCAUGUGCAUUAUUACAUUAUAUCGAUUUUUAUCACUGAAUAAACAGCAAUUUUGUUGA